AUGAAUUUAUUGGUUAAGGCGGCAAAAUUAUAUCAAAUCGAAAGGAAGAAAUAGGAAUAAUCUGUAUCUGAGUUUAUUGUUUUUGAAUUGGAACCUUCGCUAUGGGUAUUUUAAAUUUGACUAAAUUGCUUCAAGACGUUGCCCCAAUGGCAAUAAAAGAAUCCGAGAUGAAAAAUUACUUUGGAAGGAAAAUAGCUAUUGAUGCUUCUAUGUGCCUGUAUCAAUUCCUGAUAGCUGUACGAAGUGAGGGAGCCCAACUGACUUCUGUUGAUGGAGAAACGACUUCUCAUUUGAUGGGCAUGUUUUACCGAACCAUAAGAUUGUUGGAGAACGGCGUCAAGCCGGUAUAUGUAUUCGAUGGUAAACCGCCCGAAAUGAAAUCAGGUGAAUUGAGCAAACGUGCCGAAAAAAGGGUUGAGGCUCAAAAGGCUUUAGACAAAGCUACUGAAGCGGGGGAUACUGCAGAGAUGGAAAAGUUCAACAGGAGGCUAGUGAAAGUAACUAAACAUCAUGUGCAAGAAGCUAAGGAAUUGCUGGCUUUGAUGGGCAUACCAUAUAUAGAUGCUCCUUGUGAAGCUGAAGCUCAGUGUGCUGCUAUGGUCAAGGCCGGCAAAGUUUAUGGGACUGCUACAGAGGAUAUGGAUGCUUUAACUUUUGGAUCUAAUAUAUUGCUUCGGCAUAUGACUUUCAGUGAAGCUCGGAAAAUGCCGAUUCAAGAAAUACACCAUAGUAAAAUUUUAGAAUCUCUCGAAUUAAAUCAGGAUGAAUUUAUAGAUCUUUGCAUAUUAUUAGGAUGCGAUUAUACUGAUAGUAUAAAAGGUAUUGGACCAAAAAAGGCUAUCUCUUUAAUAACUGAACAUAAAAGUAUCGAAAAAAUCUUGGAACAUAUUGAUAAGAGCAAGUACCCUCCACCUGAAGAUUGGAACUUUAAGGAGGCUAGAAGGUUGUUCAAAAAGCCAGAAGUAACUGAUCCUGAGACAAUAGAGUUGAAAUGGUCACCUCCAGACGAAGAAGGUGUAGUUAAAUACCUAUGUGGAGACAAACAGUUCAGUGAGGACAGGGUGAGGAACGGUUUGAAAAAAAUCAUAAAAAGCAGGAGUGGUUCAACGCAGAGUAGAUUAGAUAGUUUCUUCAGUGUGACUACAACCCCUAAUAAAAGAAAAUUGGAAGACAACAAGAAGAAUACUCCAAACAAGAAAGGUAAAACUGGAGGUGGUAGGGGCAGGAAACCUAAAUGAAAGAAUUUUGAUCUAAUUUACUUCUUUUUAUGUUGAUCCAUUGUAUACACUGAAUUGAAUAUCGGACUCUUAUGUCUACUUUCUUAUAUGGAAUGUCACUUUUUUCAGUCUCUAAAAAUUUGUUGUAAAUAUUCUUUUUUCACUUUUGAACGUUUGUAUUUAUAAUAAUUCUUUAUACUUUCCUGCAAAUGAUUCAUGAAUUUAAACGAGUGAAUAAAUAUGACACAAUGAUUUGUAUUACCAUAAAA